AUGGCGGGUUCAACAAGCAUCGCUCCUUGGUCGCCGCCAGUUGUGCCACUUGGGACGGAAGUCGUCACGGUUUUCGUGGGACCAGAACAACAGAAGUUCGGCGUCCAUAAAGACCUUAUCUGCGCGUCAUCGAAGUUCUUCAACAGUGCCUUCAACGGAGGUUACCAAGAGACCACUUCGGGAGAAAUCCAACUUCGCGGGUUGGAUGCAAAGCUCUUCGGCUUUUUCUAUCGAUGGCUGUACUCCCCUGUGCGGAGAGUGGGCGAGGUAACCUACCAGCGAGCACAAGACGCUCAACUCCAACCCGAUGAACUACUUCUCCAUAUCUACCGCCUUGCAGGUUACCUUGUUGUGCCCGGCCUCCAACUCCUGGCUAUCGAGCAACUCAAAGACACAUUCUCUUCCUUCGAACCCACGAUCCCCAGCCGUGAGUUUAUUUAUGGCGUGUUUGAAGAUGAUCAACAGAAAUUCAUGCAAUCCUACCUGGUCAAGCACAUUGUCUUCUGGAUUUCGAAAUCGGAAGACAAGGACGCUUGGGUCGAGCUAUUCACAGUGCACCAGAAGAUAGCAAUGGGAAUGGCUGUUGAAUUUGCAACGCUGGAGACUACACACAUCGAUGCCCUCAAAGUCAUCCAUCCUUCGAAAAUUCCAGAUUUCGAGUCCACUCUAUUCCUGGAUCUCCCAGCCCUUCAAGCUGAAGCUCGCGCAAACGAUGUUCUGCCGGUGGAAUUUUCAAGUGGAAAAGUCUUGGGCAAGUCCCUACUGAUCACUGGAAGCAUACACUCACUAAUAUUGGCUAGCCCGAGCGAAGAUCCUCGAUCGUUUCAAACACCUCUUGCACCGACCAGGGUCGCCUGCCAGUGA